AUGGCUUAAAGAAUUGCUAUAUUGACUGGUGCUAACAGAGGUUUAGGAAGAACAACUGCUGAAAUUCUUGUCUAAAAGUAUGCUAACAAUUUCUAAUAUAUUUUCACUGAAAGAUCUAAGAAUCAUGAUGAAUUGACACAAGCCCUUAAAAGUAUCAAUCCUAAUGCAUAAUUUGAAGUCAGAGAUUUAGAUAUCAGCUCAAAAGAAAGCAGAGCAUAAUUCAAAUAAUGGUUCUCUCAGAAAUAUCACAAAAUAGAUGUUUUAUUUAAUAAUGCAGGUGUAUUUGACUAAGAUAAAGAUACAGGUGCUAGACCGAGCAAGGAAACUGCAGAAUACACUCUUAACAUUAAUUUCAUUAACACUGUUGAAUUCACAGAAGAACUAUAUCCUUUGAUGACUGAUGAUGGAAAGAUUGUUGUAAUAAGUAGUUUUUUGGGUAAAUUAGAGCACUAACCAGAAGCUGCAAAGUAAAUUUUAGUAAAUGAAAAUCUCACAAAAGAAAAGCUAUUUGAAUUAGCUCACAAUUACAUCAACAACGCUGGUACUCCUGACAAAGACUUAAUUUUUAACAAUUAUGUUUACUUCACCUCAAAAGCAUUACUGAAUGCUUACACUAGAUAUGUAGCUACUAAGUACAUCAAACCAAAUUAAUCUUUCUUCGCUGUCCAUCCUGGUUGGGUACAAACUGAUAUGGGAGGAAAGAAAGCUCCUUUAACAAAAGAUUAUGCUUGCCCUUUUUUGGCAAAUAUAAUAGCUGAGUUCCCUUUCGGAAAACAUCCAUUAAGUGGAUUAUUAUAAUUUGAAAAUAAAUAAUUAGAGUAUUGA